UUGCUCUCUCCCCUUCUUUGUCUCCUCAGUCCUCGACCUUGGCAAAUAGCCAGUCUUUGCACUCUCUCGUCAACUGCAAUGGAGGGUCCGAUCAGAGCUAGAGAAGCCCUAGCUCUCACACUCUUAUCUCUUCUAUUCUUCCUCUCCAGAUCCUCUGCUCUACAUGACCUCCUAAUCUCCAACGCCGAGCGUAGAAUUGACUUGAGUUCACACAUUGUUAAAGUUUACUUGACUUUGAAGGUCGAGAAUGCUGGCAGUUCGCCUGCUUCAGAAGUUGUUCUUGCUUUCCCACCCAGCCAAGUUGAUCAUCUAGCAACAGUUGAAGCAUUAGCAACUAAAGGCAAGCGGAAGAAGACUACUUUUGUCCGUCUGGAAGUAAAACCAACAGAACUGCCUGAUGCACCUAAUGACACUAAAUAUUUUACUAUUUAUUUGGCUAAUCCCUUAAAUUCUGGAGAAAGCAUAACCCUAGAAGUGUUGUAUAUGUUAACACACUCCCUAGAACCUUUUCCAGCAGAGAUAGGCCAAUCAGAAUCUCAGUUAGUAUAUUAUCGUGACAGUGCUUUGGUAUUGUCACCAUAUCAUAUUAAGCAACAAACAACUUUUAUUAAGACACCAAGUACUAAGGUGGAAUCGUUUGCAAGGGUGGAACCAACAAACCGUGCAGGCACUGAAAUAAAGUAUGGGCCAUAUGAGGAUCGUACUCCAUACUCUUUUUCUCCAAUUCUUGUACAUUUUGAGAAUAAUAGCCCAUUUGCUGUUGUUGAGGAGCUUGUUCGGGAAGUUGAAAUAUCUCAUUGGGGCAACCUUCAGGUCACAGAGCAGUACAAGUUGGUUCAUGCCGGUGCUCGACACAAAGGUGUAUUUUCAAGGGUUGAUUACCAAUCAAGGCCAUCUUUUAAUGGUGUAUCCUCAUUCAGAUACCUUCUGGCAAGACUACCACCUAGGGUUCAUUCUGUCUACUACCGGGAUGAAAUUGGAAACAUCUCAUCAUCACACCUGCGUACAGAUUCUCGGAAGUCAGAGCUGGAAAUUGAACCACGAUAUCCUUUAUUUGGAGGUUGGAAAGCAACUUUUGUCGUUGGUUAUGGGCUACCAUUGCAAGACUUUCUUUUUGAAUCAUCUGAAGACAGACGUUACCUCAACUUUACCUUUGGAUGCCCCCUUAUUGAGACAGUGGUAGACAAAUUAACCUUCAAAGUUGUGCUACCAGAGGGAUCAAAAGACCCUUCUGCUGUUGUUCCCUUCCCAGUGGAUCAGCAUCUUGAGACCAAAUAUUCUUACCUUGACAUUGUGGGGAGGACUGUAGUGGUCUUGGAAAAGAAAAAUGUCGUUCCUGGGCACAAUUCUCAUUUCCAGGUUUAUUAUACCUUCAAGCCGAUAUUCAUGCUUGCAGAGCCUCUGAUGUUGGCCUCAGCUUUCUUCUUGUUUUUCAUUGCUUGCAUAGCUUACCUACACAUUGAUCUUUCCAUACGUAAGUGAAAGAUUGUGGUAUUCUUGAAGGUAAAUUAGCAAAUAGUUCCAAACUGUCGCUCUAUAGCUUGCAGUGAUUCCACUUUACCUUGGUUAGAACACACACCAACUCUGGAGCUAGGACAUUGUUAGUAACUAUUCUGUGUACUAAAAUUCUGAACAUUUUCUCCAACGAAAAUAGUUUUGCCAUUAUAAAGUUUUGUUGUUAUAACUCUUGUUUUACAAUGACACUGAAUUGUUUCAAAAGUGAGCUACAUGUUUUAUUUUUCUGA